AUGAGCGACAAUGUCACCUAUAUUGUCUUCUAUGGUGACAAACCUCAAAAACUGGCCAAACGCAUAACUUUUAGCUCCGGCAUAAAAGAGAUUUAUGGAGAAUUUUGUGCCAAUACCUCAAUACAUGGCUUUCAAUAUUUCGGCCAACAGCGACCUUGGAAGGAGAUAUUCUUUUGGAUUGUGGUCUUCAUCAUAACAAUGGGCUUUUGCAGCACCAUUAUAGUGAAAAUUUACUAUAAAUGGCAUGAGUCACCGGUGAUAGUGAGUUUUUCGGAGAGAUCUACUCCCAUAUGGAAUAUACCCUUUCCGGCUAUAACCAUUUGUCCAGAGACCAAAAGAACUAUGAAUAAAACAGAUUUAAAAUAUGGCAGAUUGCUGUCGAACUUCCUGGAGUAUUUGAAAAAUCAUGAAAAAUUCAGCCAGAAUUUUACCGAACAACAGCUGCAACAAACCUUGGCCUUAAUGCAUAUUUGCCGCUUGGAAAUCGAGAGCGUUCAUGAUAUACCCCCUCUGAACUAUACGAAAAUCAUGGGUGAAAUGGACUACACAAAAAUCUUGGAUGAAAUGCAACCCAGUUUUGAGAAAUAUUUCUUCAUCUGCAAAUGGUUUGGCAAUCGCAGCAAGUGUGAGGAGUUAUUCACCAAAGUCUAUACAGAUGGUGGCAUGUGCUACACUUUCAAUAGCUUAAAUAUCACCGAUAUAUAUAGGGAAGAUGUGGUGCAACACCAAAACAGUCUGAAUCGAACUCCCAGCCCUUCGUUUUUCCAGCAAAAUAAGUCCACCAAUUGGUCCUUGGAGCAGGGUUAUGAUGAAAACAGUGAUGUGCUAACCUUUCCUGCCCGCGUAUUGAGUUCUGGCUCUACGGUGGGUUUGCAAAUCUAUUUGCAAAGUUUUAUGCAGGAGUUGGAUUAUACCUGCAAUGGAGCGGUGCAGGGUUUCCGCAUACUUUUACACUCUCCCGAUGAUGUGCCCUCGGUGUCCCAGCACUUUGUGCGCAUAGCCAUGGAUAAGGAAAUUUUGAUAGCUGUAAAACCCAAAAUGAUAACCACCGCCCAGGACAUAGCAGCCUAUGAUCCCCAAAAGCGACGCUGUUACAUGAACAAGGAUCGCCAAUUGAAAUUUUUCAAAAUCUACACUCAAAACAAUUGCCAAAGGGAAUGUUUGACCAAUUUCACCUAUAAAGAGUGUGGCUGUGUGCGUUUCUCAAUGCCCCGUACCGCAGACAUGACCAUUUGUGGGGCAGAUAAAAUUCACUGUUAUCGCCAGGCCAAGGAGAAAUUAUUACUGCAACAAUUUUCCCAGGGUUUGAAGAACAAGGAUUUGGCGAGUUUACCUCUUGAAGCAGCCGGUUGCCAAUGCAUGCCUGCCUGCACUUCAUUGGAUUAUGAGACUGAAUUGUCUGAGGGUCAUUUCGAUAUUGUCAACACUUUGGAGGCCUUUGGCAGUUUGGAGGAUUAUAACAAAGCAUAUCCGGGUGGCCGUAUGUCCUUGGUUAUGAUCUAUUUUAAGGAAAAUGAAUUUAUUACCUCCAGACGUUCGGAGUUGUAUGGACUCACAGAGUUGUUGGCCAAUUUUGGAGGAGUUUUUGGUUUAUUUAUGGGCAUUUCCAUACUAAGUGUGGUGGAGAUGUUCUAUCAUUGCACACUGCGUCUGUGGUCGAACAUGAAUCGUGUUUAGACGACUAAGAGGAGUUGGAAAAACCUUAAAGUUUAUUAUUGAAGUGUAAGUAAAUAAGGAAAAAAAGAUGGCAUAUGAAUUUCAAAGAUAGCAAA